ACCCUAGUCCAGAUGUUACGUCAGCUUCCCAGUUUCCCAAGCCCCCAGAAUGCCCUGACUCGGGACCCCUCUCUGGUCCUGCACUCCCCCUGGCCCGACUGCCUGCCCGCCUGCUCCUCUUGGCAGCCAAACAACCAGGGGAGGAUCAGGACAACCGGACAGCCCAGAUAAGUACCACAUGAAGUUUCCCACAUUACCUCACUCAAAGAAGCUGGUCCUUGUGCGCUUUUCGCUUUGACAACAAUCGGAGAACACGCGUUUAUUGCAACUUACUGGAUGACUGGGCCAAGGAAGUGUCCGGCCAAUGGGCGUAGACCAAAGCCAUUCAGGACCGUUGGCUCAUCUCUGGAUUAGCUUCUUCUUCAAGAGCACACAUGGCGGGAAAUCCUCGGGAGAGUUUCAUGUCGGUCACUUUGAGCCACCAGCCGGCAGAGCCCCCGAUGCAGCGACCCCCCGCGAGUGGCAGCCCUUGAUACCUGCACAAACGUAGGCAGAGCACACGCAGCAGUCGGGAGUGGGUGAGUUCACUGCCCUCUGUGUAUGGGCCCAGAUCAACCUCUGGCUCCGACUGUGGGUCUGAGGUCCCGAUCAGCACCACACGCGCUCAUUACUCCCCAGAAAGCGCAGCACGGGAGAGAAGUCGCGUACGAAACCUGCGCCAGGCCUUCCACAGCCUGCAGGCUGCUCUUCCAUCAGUCCCUCGUGACACAAAGCUGUCCAAACUGGAUGUUCUUCUUCUGGCUACCAACUACAUCGCCUACCUGACACAGACCUUGGACCAGGGAAGAACUCUAUCUGAGCAUACCGUGCCAUCAAGACCAGGUGGAUACCUCCACCCUGUUAAGAAAUGGCCGAUGCGUUCCCUGCUGUACUGCGGCAGUGUGGGGGAAGCGCUUUCGGGAGUCCCAGCCAAUCAGAGGCCUCCGUCUGGACAGGCCGAAGCACACCUUCUUGGCCGUGUAGUGGAAGGAGACAAGGACUGUUAGGAACUUUUGGGACCUAACGUUCAUCGUGAUGAAUGUUCUUUUAUCUGAGGGGUGAGGAUUUGGUAAUAGUUGGAGGGAACACAAAGUACCGCACUAAAAAUGGAAGAAAAAGUAACAGCUUCGGCAAAGGGACGGCUCGGGUAAAAAGCAACGAGGCAAGCAAAGUAGGAAGAUAAGCCAACAAUUUAAAACUAGCAAGUGUAAAAAGCUAAUUAAAUACUGAAAGUUUUCGCAGAAGUAGUAGUAUAGUCAAACUGAUUAAUUAACUAAUUAACACGUGGCUACUAGUGUGCCUCGUUGCUCCACCCUGCACAGGAAAUAAGGGAAUCUGUGGACAGGAAACAAACAAGUAGGACAACAAAUACAACGGAAGCAGACUCUGAUAAUUCUAAUAUGUUCCUUUCAAAUAUUAUACUUUAGUUAUGUUGCCGCCGGAAUAAUAAUCAUAAGAGUUGACAUUUUGAUGAAUUGCAUGCAGAUAAAAUGCGUCCUUUUGGUUGAUGAUGACAUUAAAGGUCAUUUGUACAAGGUUACCACAGUGUCGGUCAGUGUACUCCACCACUUCCUGUAGUGUUCGCUACACUAUGCUGCACACUAAAGUCACCUACAGUACCAAAACAUGUGCCUCCUUUGCUCAAAAAGUACAAAAUACAAUGAACCGCAGCCCCUCUCUAGUGCUGGCACCAUUCAUGCACACUAGCACCAUUUCUCAUUUAUGUAAUAUUGUCCCUUGAGAAGAUAUACCGUCAUAGAUAGUUA